CCACGAUACUUUGCUCAGCUGUAAGCAAACAGGUGGCAGCAACACCGUCAGCUGUUGCAAUAGUCGCCGUACAAAGUUUUCCUUAUAAUUAAACAAUUGUAUUUUCGGGAAAAUAAAUGUAUAUAUGACACUCACUAAUUAAGUCGUGAAAAUUUAUAAUUCUUGCAAAGUUCAGGGACAUGCAUUCACAAUAUAUAACACUACAUGGUGGCAGCCGGGAUAUGCAUAAUCGCUGUUGCGGCGGUCGUGCUUGGUGUGUAAAGGAUAUAUGUGGAAUUGUGUGUGCUGUAUUUACAUGGCUGCUCAUACUCUUCGCGGAGUUCGUGGUAAUGCGUGUCAUAUUGCUGCCGAGCCCAUACCCGGUUUACAGUACAAUUAACAUAAUAAUAUUCCAACUACUUGCCUUUCUCGCUUUCGCCUCCCAUAUACGCACGAUGCUAUCGGAUCCCGGCGCUGUUCCACGGGGAAAUGCAACAAAAGAAAUGAUCGAACAAAUGGGCUAUCGCGAAGGUGAAAUGUUUUUCAAAUGCCCGAAAUGUUGUAGUAUUAAACCGGAACGCGCCCAUCACUGCUCGGUAUGUCAGCGUUGUAUACGGAAAAUGGAUCAUCACUGUCCAUGGGUAAAUAAUUGCGUCGGUGAAAAUAAUCAAAAAUACUUUGUGCUUUUUACGUUUUACAUUGCUGCUAUAUCUAUACACGCCAUGUUUUUAGUUGUUACUGAAUUUGCGCAAUGUGUACAUACGGAGUGGAGGCAAUGUUCACCAUAUUCACCUCCAGCAACGAUAUUUUUAUUACUCUUUCUAUCAUUCGAAGCAUUGUUAUUUGCAAUUUUUACGCUUAUUAUGUUGGCCACCCAAUUGACUGCCAUAUUUAAUGACCAAACGGGUAUAGAACAAUUAAAAAAGGAAGAAGCACGUUGGGCAAAAAAAUCUCGUCUAAAAAGCAUACAUUCAGUAUUUGGACGUUUUUCACUGGCCUGGUUUUCUCCAUUUACGAAACCUUCUUGGCAAACAAAAUUCAAUGCGCAUUUCUAUUCAGUUUAGAAAGUUAACCGUUUGUGAUUUACCAUUUACCUUUUAUAUCCCAGUAAUAUGUGUACCCUACUUGGUAUACUAGCUUAAAGAAAAGCAUGCGUGAGCAAACGAUCGAUAAUUAUUACAAUCAGCUUCGAAUAGCUGAGCUAACUCCCGCUCUUUGCAUAUAUAUUCAAUAUCGGUGUAAUGCUUUCCUAUUACAAGAACUACAAGAUACAUUACAGUUCAUGGUUAUAGAAUAUGUAUGUAUAAAGCGAGAAAAAGUCUGUUAAAUACUUAACAUUUAAGAAAAUUGUGAACAUACAUGCUUCUAUUUCAUGUGCAAUUAAAGAGAUGCAAAAUGCUUCAAAACAAUUUUAUAUUUAAAAAUAACAUACUAAUUCGACGACAUCUCUGAAAUUUAAUGGAUAUAAAAUAAUUCAUUAAACAGUUGACACAGUUGUUAUAAGAUCAAUGUAUAUUAUUCAUCAUUCUGACUAAAAUUUUGCCUCAAAUGAUUUAAAUGAAAGUGCGUGAAAUGUCAUUGUGUCAAAAAUAUAAUAAUAUUAAUAUUAAUUAUAAUAAUAAUAAUAAAUAAAUAAAAAAUACUAUUUCAGCUAACUCUUAUACUCGAGGUUAAUUAAAAUAAAAUGAAUUGUGUUAUAUGCGAGAACAAAUAUUUUUUCGGAAGUAUAUAUUAAACGUAAAUUUUAUAUGAAGUAGUUAGCGAAUGCAAUUGUUGGGGUAAAAUAAAUAAGUAAAAUCAAUAUAAAAAUGUUAAAACUUUAUUUUGAGUUCAUUCAACUUCAAUGAUUUUAAUUUCUACAUCUUUUAUUAAAACUCAUCACUAUAAUUAAUUGUUCUUUAUAUAAGUUUCAAAUAGAUGACUAAAAUUAAGUAUCUACUUAUGUAAAUAAAUAUCAUUUUCUAUAUUAUUAAGAGUAUUGAUACAUUAAUUUUUAUAAUGUUCAUUUCAAUGAAAAUACUUCGAUAUAUAUAUAUAAAUUUAUAAUUAAUCAUGAGAAGUUGAUGACGAAACGAACAAAGUACGCAUACAUACAUACAUACUAUAUUUUAUACCAAAAAGUUCGUAACUGCUUAAGAUGUUCGUACAUAUUAUAUUAUUUCAACUAAAAGAUUUUGUAUGGAUUGACGAUUUGCAAUUGAAUUAUAGUUCUAACGAAUAUUUGAUCAAUAAAUAUAAUUACUUUUCAUUAAA